CCCUCAAAUUUAUAAAAAUUAAUAGGUAAGUAUUUAUGUAUACAUCUAGAUCCUAGAGAUUAUAUCAUAUCUUGCAAAUUUAAAGUACAAGUCCAGUGACACAAAUUGUUUUACAUAGGCUAGAGAUAUAGAUCUCUUUGGUGGGUUUACAUUUUGUUAUGGUAGGGCUCCAUCUGGUAAUUUUAUUUCUGUAGAUGUUCACUACCUUAUCGACAUUCGCCACAUUAGCAAAAAUCACUUCAGAAUAUCAACACAACUGUCAACUACAAGAAUAUAACAAUGAGCUAAAAAUUCAUUAAUCGAAAAUGGAUGAAAAUAUAGUUCCAACUGUGGUUUUUCAUCCAAUUAUUUCUUCAAUUCAAAAAAUCGCACUUUAUGAAACAAAAUCUAGAUUUUACUUGAUGGGUUCCAAUAAUACUUUAACGCGGUUUCGCGUAUUAAAGAUUGAUCGAAUGGAACCUAAAGAAUUAGUUGUUGUAGAUGAUAAACGAGAAUAUACUCAGGAUGAAAUUAAAGAUCUUGUAAAUAUGAUAGAUAUGGGGAAUCGUACCAGAGCUGGACAAAGAAACAAUGUUGGUGGAGUUGCAAGGAUUGUUUCAGCUUUUGGUAUUGUUGGCAACAUUUACAAAGAACCUACAUCUGACAAUGGUGUAUCAGAAGCAUCUGAACACCAAACAUGUCAAAAACCAUUGCACAAACCAACUCAAACUAAAUUCACCUGGAAAACGAUGUGGCAGAGAGACACUUUUCCUCGACUAGUACCAGCUUUUGGUCUUCUUGGGUUUGUACGUUUAUUGGAAGGAUAUUAUAUAAUAUUAGUCACAAAACGACGCAAAGUGGCUGUAAUUGGUCAUCAUACAAUAUAUAAAAUAGAAGAUACUUCAAUGAUUUAUAUUCCAAAUGAUAAUGUUCGUGUUUUUCAUCCUGAUGAACAAAGAUAUGUAAAAAUGUUUCAAAGCAUAGAUCUUAGUAGUAACUUUUACUUUAGUUACUCAUAUGAUCUGACACAUACAUUACAAAGUAAUAUGUCUCCACCAAAACAUAUUAAACCUGAUAUUUCUACUACUGAUGACAAAAAACUAAAUCAGAAAGAUAGUAGUGAGACUGAAGAUGCAGAAGACUUUUUUAACAUGUGGGCGUUUAAAAAGAAUUAUCAGACUAACAGUAAUAUAGAAAAAUAUGUCGAUUAUGGUGUACGAAGUAAUCCGAAUCGUCGAUUUGUGUGGAAUUCUCAUCUAUUGAAACCAGUAGAGAAAGAUUUACAUCGCGACUGGAUUUUAUACAUUAUACACGGUUUCAUUGGUCAAUCAAAUGUUAGUAUUUUUGGACGAUCGAUGUAUGUAACUAUUAUAGCUCGAAGGAGUAAUAAAUAUGCGGGUACCAGAUUUUUGAAACGUGGCGCAAAUUUUGAUGGAGAUGUUGCUAACGAAGUAGAAACAGAACAAAUUGUACAUGAUUCUGGAGUAAGUUCCCUAAGCAAAGGUCGAUUCAGCGCUUUUGUUCAAAUGCGUGGAUCAGUCCCUGGACAUUGGAGUCAAGAUGUUAGCAAAAUGGUUCCUAAACCUACUAUUACUUGUGAUUUAGCUGAUCCAUAUGUGGAAACAGCAGGUGCACAUUUUAAUCAGUUACUAAAAAGGUAUGGCUCUCCAAUAAUAAUUCUUAAUCUUGUUAAAAAACGAGAAAAAAAGAAGCACGAGAGUACUUUAAGCGAAGAACUAUCCAUGGCUGUAAAAUAUUUAAAUCAAUUUUUACCUCCAGAACAUCAUAUUCAGUAUAUAAGCUUUGAUAUGGCUCGAAUGAAUAAAAGGAAGAAAGUUAAUGUUAUGGCUCGAUUGGGUAAUAUAGCAUAUAAUGCUGUUUUGAAAACAGGUAUUUUUCAAUCACAAAAUCCAUAUUACAGCCAAAGAAAUUUAUUUCUUUCCCAGUCUAAUCACGUCAAAAAACCUCAUAAAGCAAACGUAAAUACAGUAUUACCAUUUAACACAUGUGACGUUCAAAGUUCUAAAAAUUUAAUAAAUGAAAACUUAUCUUACAAUCAUAAUACUGAUUCUAAACAUACUGCAGAAAAUAAGUAUAAUGAGUUAAGUUGCAUUGAAAGCAAAGUAAGACAAUGCUUUGGUAAAAGAGGUACACUACAAACGGGAAUUAUUAGAACUAAUUGCGUAGAUUGUUUAGAUCGCACAAAUACGGCUCAAUUUGCGAUAGGAAAAUGUGCUUUGGGAUUUCAGUUAUGUGCUUUAGGGGUAUUGGAAUCUCCUAAACUGGAAUUUGAUUCCGAUUGUGUAAGGAUGUUAGAGGAAUUAUACGAAGAUCACGGAGACACAUUAGCGUUACAAUACGGUGGUUCUCAAUUAGUGCACAGAAUAAAAACUUACAGAAAAACUGCACCAUGGACUAGUCAAGGCAAUGAUAUUAUGCAGACCCUGAGUAGAUAUUACAGUAAUACUUUUAGCGAUCAAGAAAAACAACAUACAAUUAAUUUAUUCUUAGGUUUGUUUGUACCCGAGGAAGGGAAACCACCGAUUUGGGAGCUUUUAACAGACUAUUAUCUUCACCAUAAACCCGCUUGUCAGUAUUCUAGGAGAACGAAGCUCCUAACUCAAUGGUGGGAUAGCAAUGUAUUAAAAUGUCUUCCUUAUGCAUUGAACGAAGUAACAAAAUCGUGUUCGGAAAUGAUACAAGUACAGAAUUCAAUGGAAGAAAUGAUCGAUGUUUACUACGAUUAUCAUAGACCAUACGAAUUAUCUCUACUUUCGGAAGUUUAUGCGUAUCAAAUUAGCCAUUCCGUUAGAGAUUUUAUGCCACAUUUCACAACGAGUUUUAGUCCAUUUGCGGUACGAGUACGGCCAGGUAGAAGAAGGGAAGAAACUGGUAAUAAAAAUUUAAAUAUGAAAAAUCCUUCUAUGACUGGGCAAAGUAGUACCAGUAGUACAACGUCGAGUGCAAGUUCUAGCGGCGACUCAAGUUCAGACGAUGACGAAAGUCACCAACAUGCUAAUGAUUACCAAUUAAUUACUUCUAAAGAAAGUUCAGAAUUCACGUCUUUUGAGACACUGUUUCCAUCAAUGAAAGAAGUAUAUGGAACACGACCUGAAUAUCCUAAGAGGAAUGAUAUCAUACUAUACAAAAAAUAUGUAUUAAUUGGGCGUAAUGCAACGUAUCCGUCGGAAUACAUGAAACUUCGUUCAAAAUUUAUUCAACAAGCAUCAUUUUCGGAAGUUAUACCUCCUGUAGUUACAUUACCGAUAGUAAAAAAAUCUAGUAUAAAUAUAUACGAGCAAUAUGUCGAAAGAGCCAAGACUGGUGGUUCGAUACCGAAUGUGCAAGACAUGAAUUUAUAUGAAACUUAUACAAGACAGCACCAGUUACUUAAAAAAUCUAUAUAUUCACACUAAUUAUAUAUGAUAUUUGUAAUAUACACUGUAAAUAAUGUAUAAUAAAACAAAAAACAAAUCUGCAGAAUUACUCUUUCAUGUAUA